AUGAGUAUGACGAUAGAUGAGACCAUGAUGGCAAGCAACAUCAACAGGUUUGAGGCCACUAUGGUAGGGCCUUCUGCUAAAGAGAAGAAAAGCCAAACUGGCAAGAGAAGAAAGAUUAACGUAGCGUGUUCCAAUUGCGCAAAGAGUCACUCAUCGUGUGACUCUUGUCGUCCCUGUUCUCGAUGUAUCAAGAAGGAAUUGCAGGAUUCGUGUGUGGAUAAACCUAGGAAGAAACGGAAAUAUUUGGAUGGGAUACCCGAUGUUAAACUACCCAACCAGCUACGUUCCGAAGAACCCGUCACUGUGUCUGCUAAUAUGACGAGGCAACCGUCUUUGAGCCAGGAACAACAAUUAUUCUCUGAUCCACAACAUAUUAUCCAUCGUUCCACCUUUAUGUCUAAUGCCGCUAAUUCAGAAUACGCGAUCCUGUCCAAUAUUAUUAGUCAGGAUGGCGGAAUGAUAAAUAAGAUUCCCGUGGAUGUCUUGUAUUCUAAUCCAAAUUCUAAUGGGAAUACCAAUAUGGGUAAUAGUCCAAAUAAUAUGAGAAGGAGUUUACCGCAAUCUCCAGAAAGUGAAUCUUCCAUGACGGCUCGCCCUAUUGUGUAUAACAAUGUAAGCUCGACUACAAGACAACAUAGUGCCAACGUUCCACCUCAACCAUAUCCAUCAGAAUAUCAAAAUGUUUAUUCUUUAUUAUUGGGACCCAAAUCGAACCAAAUUGUAUCAUCACGGAUUAAUUUAUUCGAAAAUCACUUCCCGUUGGUCCCCGUGCAUGGUGGUGGUUCAUCAUUGUCGUUCAAAAGAUUGUUGACAGCCAAGCAGCCUCGUGGACCAGAAUUACAAUAUAAUAAGUCGAUAAACCAAUACUAUCUAAAUAAUGAAACUUUAACGUUCCCCGAGGUGAUGACAAGAUAUAAAUCCACAAAACAACAUACUGUAUCAUUCGCUCUUGAAUGCAGAAGUGAUACAGGUAACACGAGCGGUAAUAAUAAUGCAUUCACGCCACGAUGUAACAGAGAAUGGGAGCAUUCAUUAAGAUAUUCAUCACCGAUGGAAAUUUACACUUUGAUAAAUGAACCAUUUUGUCAUACGAUGGGGUUCCGUCAUUUACUAUUAUAUCUUCGAAACAGAUUUAAUCAAAAGGAUAUUGUUAGUAUGUGCCGUUCCAUGACAGAAUUCCGUCCUAUUUUCAUUGCAUGUUCCAUGACGCUUACUGAAGAGGAUAUGAUAUUUAUGGAACAAUGUUAUCAAAGAACACUCCUGGAAUACAGUAAGUUUAUUGGACAAAUUGGGACGCCCACUUGUGUUUGGAGACGUAAUGGACAAAUUUCAUACAUUAAUGAAGAAUUUGAAAUCUUAACUGGGUGGACAAGAGAAGAAUUAUUGAAUAAGAUGACGUUUAUUGUGGAGAUCUUGGAUGACGAUUCCGUAAGAGAUUAUUUCAAGACAUUCUCCAGUGUCGCCUACAAGGAUUUUAAAGGUUGUGAACAAAUGAAGACAUGUCGUCUACUAACACCUUUGGAAGGUCAAGUAGUCAAUUGCGGUUGUAUGUGGACACUGAAAAGAGACAUUUCCGGGUUACCCUUGAUGAUACUGGGUAACUUUAUGCCGAUUUUGCCCUAG